UGUCAACGCAUAACAUUUGAUCGACAACUUGAAGUCCUGGCCACUACUCCAAUUUUCGUCUAGUCCUUACAUUGUAGCUUUGAAGAGAGACUUAGCCUAGUCUGAGAGGCACCAGAGGAAGAGAUCGGAGUUAUACGAUACUUGCGAAGAAGGAGCAAGGAACACCAUUAACAUGGCAGAAACAUACAAUUACGAGUUCUUCAAUGUCUCGUUUCCGGCUGAAUUUGUUGCACAUGUCGAGAUCAACAGACCGGAGAAGCUAAAUGCGUUCAAGGAGGUCAUGUGGCACAACCUUUCCGCCCUAUUCGACAAAUUAUCAGUAGACCCAAACGUCCGCGCUAUCGUCUACAGCGGCGCAGGCCGCGCCUUCACAGCCGGUCUGGACGUGCAAGCAGCCAGCGAAGGAGGAACUUUUGCUCCACCAACUGUCGACAGCGCGAGAAAAGCCAACGGUCUGCGAAGGCAUAUUCUGGAGUUCCAAGACUGCAUCACCAGCCUAGAAAAGUGCGAAAAGCCCGUGAUCUGUGUGAUGCACGGCAUCUCGUUCGGGCUGGCACUCGACAUGAGUCUAUCCUGCGACGUGAGGAUUAGCACGCAGGACACCAAGUUCAGCGUAAAGGAGGUCGACAUCGGGCUCGCAGCAGACAUCGGUACGCUCUCGCGGCUCCCCCAUGCGGUGGGGAAUAUGAGCUGGAUCAAAGACGUCGCACUGAGCGCACGCGUUUUCGGCUCUGAUGAGGCGCUGAGAGUCGGACUGGUGAGCAGGGUUGCGAAGGACAAAGAAGCCGGACUGAAAGAGGCGCUCGACCUCGCGACCCUGGUCGCCUCCAAGUCCCCCGUAGCCGUGCUCGGCACAAAGGAGAUCCUGAACUACUCUCGGGACAAGACGGUAGCGGAGGGACUUAACUACACCGCGGUGUGGAACGCGGCGAUGUUGCAGACGGAUGAUGUCAAGGAGGCAAUGCUGAGCGGGAUGCAGAAGCGGAAGGUUAAGUUUGCUAAGCUGUAGGCUCGGUCAGGGAGGGGCGUGGAAGUGGGGAGCUUGGAGGUGGAAGCAGGAAUGUAUUCACCUAGCACGUG